ACAGAGCGAAAUUGACAAAAAAAUAUUGAAAUAAAACAGUUCUUUCUUCCAUUUGAUGACAAAUUACUUGUGUGAGCUGAUUUUCGUGUCAGAAGCAAUCAACGCGGUGAUGAAGUGUAGAUGUGUAGAUGUGGAGUCAAUAAAUAAUAACAAAAUACUUAAUUAACAAACAAAUAACAAAGAAAGAAACAAUAUUGUUUUAAUUGUGUUUAGCAAUAUUGAAAGCAAAGUGGAAAGUUGUACACCAGUGAAAUUUGUUUUUGUAAAUGGAGACAAGUGAGGAAACAGGCGAUAGUCUGGCUCAAGAAAUAAACGCAACAAUAACGUCUGGUGCAACAAGAAUAAUAAUGGCCGAUCUGCACAAUGAAACGAAUGUGCCAGUUAUUGUACCAUACGAGGUUGAAACAAAUUUGCAAAUUCCUACUACGUCAGUGACUGCAAUGCCACUUGGAGCAGACACAACAACAGUAACAACACGAGAUGAAAACACCAACAAUGCAACUGAUGCCGUAAUCGAUCUAUGCAAUACCACCCCCCCGACCGCAUCCACAUCGAAAUCAGCUGCAGCAGCAGCAGCCGCCGCGGCAGCAGUUAUAUGUGUCGAUAGUAGUCCGGAUGAAAGGUCGGCUGAUGCUGAGGACGCUGCAGGACCUUCAGCUACAAUUGAGUGCCCAAUAUGCUUACAAACAUGUAUACAUCCAGCACGUUUGCCAUGUGGGCAUAUAUUUUGUUUCCUAUGCGUGAAAGGCGUGGCCUAUAAAAAUCGUCGUUGUGCUAUGUGUAGACGUGAAAUACCGCCAGAAUUUCUUGAUCAUCCCGAUCUGGUCAAUGGCAUAGAUGAUAUUUGUGCAACAAAAUCCACAGAAGAUGGUUAUCAAUGGUUCUACGAAGGACGUAACGGUUGGUGGCAGUACGAUGAUCGUACCAGUCAGGAUAUUGAGGAGGCUUUUAAGAAAGGUGAAAAAUCCUGCAUCAUAUUAGUAGCUGGCUAUGUGUAUGUCGUCGAUUUGGAGACAAUGGUGCAGCAGCGACAAAAUGAGCCGAGUCGUUGUCGACGCGUUAAACGCGAUUUGGCGACGAUACCGAAAAAAGGUGUCGCUGGUUUACGCAUCGAAGGCAAUACCGUUAUAACCGAUUCGAAUUUCGCUUCACAAAUAUACGAACAACAACAACAAAGCCUAGCACUCGGCCUAGGUGUAGCAAAUACGCCCACAGACUCCACAUCCGAUCUUAGUUUGCCACUCAACUAUUACAGCAUGCGACAUCCAGCUAACGCUAGCGAUUUUAUAUCAACAAUUGCCGCUACCGAUGCAGCUAUACGCAUAGCCAGCGAUAUAAUCGGUUCGACAUUAGCGCAUGCGGAUGAACUUUCACGCAACACAGCUGCAGCAGCAGCAGCCGCAGCCGCUGCUAAUGCUGCUACAACACAACAACAGCAGCUGCAGCAUGGAGACGAUGGAAAUAUUGUACAACAACAUAUAAGUGGCGUAGAUCGUGCCACCCAACUUUUUCUUUCCAUGCAAAGUAUAGUCAAAGAUUGUGUCAUGAGUAUCGUGGAAUUAUAUCAAAUUCUACUCAUACCGAGCUACUCUGUAGAAAACUAAGUAAAGCUGCGAGCGCAAAAAAAAAAACCAAAUUCUUUAAAGCAACAUACCGUUAGUCGUAAGUGUUUUCCAAAUGAAAUCAUCAUGAAAUAAACGGAAUUCGGUGAGAGCACGGGCUACUAAAAGCGCAUACUCAUCCAUUCGAGCUCAUUAUUUAAUAUUGAAAGUAAUAAUUUGCAUGUUCAUUUGGAGGCGUUGUGAGGAGUGUUUUCUCGACUUACUAAAAAAGCUACGCAUAUUUCAAAAAAAAAAAAAAGUCAUUACAUUUUCAUAAAAUAUAGAAAAUAUUUUUUUCCAUUACUAAUUUUCCAAUUUUCUGCGCAUUAUUUAAACUCUUUCAAUUUUUUCCUGCUUAAUUUAAACACAAAAACACUUAUGAAAACACAUUAGCCUUUGAAUUGAAUACUAAAUUGUAUGUUAUGUAAGCGCGAAUUAUUCAAAAAAAAAAAAAAAACUUAAUAAAUAAAUAAUAUUAUAUAAGCAAUAAACGUAGCAUAAAAAAGCAAAUAAAAAUUGUAAGCUUUGCAUGUAAAGCUGUCUUUAUCAUUUGUAUUUCCUCAUGUGGCAUGUUUGGUGGCAUUGCCGGCAAGAAAAAAAUUCUAAAUUUAAAAGCUAUAACAACUAGGUUCACUUGCCUACAUACAUACAUACAUAUAUAUUUACAUAUGAAAAAUAAUAAUUAUCGCAAUAAAAACUAUAACUAUCGACUUUCGGUCGCAAAUACUACACAAAAACAAGACAGAAAAAAA